AUGGUAUCGACCCUUCGGAAGUCAAUAGGCAAUAGGCGACGGUUAAAUCGUUUGGCCGAAGGAGAGGUACCUCAACUAGCGUCUCGGAGACAACGUUUACGUCGAUUAAAGCAUCUAAGAAGAGUGUGUAAAAUCACUCGACCAACUACGGCGCUAUCUAUUCGAUCAGCCGCCACAGAAAUCUAUCGGCUUAAACAGGUGUUUUACAGAAGGUCACUCGAAGAGCCUCAAGAAUCCGAUAUAGAUGACGGGGAGUCCUCUCCAGCUGCUGCACCAAACCAGUUCGGAUAUUCAAACGCCGCUACCGCGAGUAGUGACGAAGCUUUCUGUUUAGCCUUAGAACAAUUGGUUCUCGACACAACUCAAGAUAGUCAUAUCCAAAGAGGGGACCUAGUCACUAUGAAUCAGCCCAGUGUAUCAGGUGCCAUACAAGAUCUACUCGUGGGAGUACUAAUGAAUUUAUCUUUGACGCCGACUAAUUCCGAAGAUGGCAAUGCAACCGUCAAACCUAACAAAGAUGUUAAUCGCAGAAUGACGAUUCCGGAUUUCAUCAAUUAUGUUAACGGCAACCAGUGUACCAAGCGGAUAUUUGAGCUUCAUCUAACCUUAAGGCAAUUGCCACCAGGUAACACUUGGAAAAAGAAUUUCCUCGCGGUAAUGCAGGAUAUUCAAGAUUACAAGAUUAAAUCCUUUCCUCCCAACAUGGGGUAUCUAUAUCGACAUGGUGUAAUGGUUCACGGUCGAAGUCUAUCAAUCCAAGAACGCGAUAAAAUUCUAAAACAUAUCCGCCUAGAAGACCUCGAACUAUGUUGGUGGGAAACAGGACCUGAAUCAGCGGACCUACUGCACAGAAGACUUCCUGCAGCGAGGAAUGAGACGGAUUCUAGUCCUGAAACCUAUCCAGGCUUCUCGUUUGAGCUUGACGCUAUCAAAAUUCUUCGAAGUGGGACAGUUACACGGGGAUUUGGAGUAGGCAUGCCCCCCUUUGUGGCAUCUGGGUAG